UAUUUUAAUACUUAAUAAGUAUCAUACCUAAUAAAUUAACCAUUGGGGAAAGAGCGAGGAAAAUAAACACAUUUUUGGAAGACAGCACUAAAAUUAUGCUGAAUGGAGCAGAUACAAGCGUUGAUUGUUUUAACUAUUAGCUGUGUUGGAUAUUCGAAUCCCAAGAAUAUUGAAGAAAAAAUAACGUUUUGGGUGAAUGAUUUGAAUUUGAUAUUUACGAAAGAGUUUGUUAACAACUUACGGAGCGAUCCAACAAAAACUCUUGGUCUCAUAAUAUUGUUAACAUGCAUCUAUAUAAUUAUAUGUAUGAUGUAUGUUUAUGGAGCCUAUAAGUGCAAUAAUGUAUUAAUGAUGCCGUACAUCGUAGCCGAGUUGGUUCGCCUCAUCGCAUUUACAGUUUUGGUUAUAACACUCCUAUUAACGCUGAAGAAAAACACAAUGGACAUUGGUCUUCUCAUUGGAGCUAGUGUACUCGGAGGUUUCAUAUUGUUGGGCAUGUUUUAUUUGUGGGUUUGUGCAGCAAAUCUGCCAAUAGUCAUAAAUGAAAAGGAACAUGACGAAUACGUUGCUACCAUAACGAAGCUGGAAGAACUUUUACAAGAAACAAAGCCAAAGACUUUAAUAGGCUUUGAUUACGUUCCCCGGUCUAAUUACAACGAAGCACUUUACAGUAAACAUAUUCAUCGUUUCCAAUAAGGGAAAAUAAAGAUAAAUAAUUUAGCAAAUGCACACUUAUAGAUUGGUAAUCCUUCGCUUUUUAGGUGUUUAGGGUUUUUUUCUACUGGCAUUUAUUUGCACGAAUUUU